CAGCUGAUCUGUGUCAUGUGUCCAUAGCAACGGUCUCUGUAUUUGGGGCAUUUGUGUAGAAAAUGUCGUGAUGUAAACUGAACCGAAAUAUUUGUAAAUGACAUUUAAUUAUUUCGAUAAGGCGACCAUCUAAAGCUGCGACUAUCUGAAGGCGUAGCAACGAUUUGGGCAGAGCCGAUGGCAGAGAAGCGCCGGUCCGGUACCGUGAUGUCCGAGUCAAAGUCAGCCAAAUGUGAGACGGACGAAGAGUUUCUGUCUCAAUCCGGAACGAGUGCGCUGCUCAGAGGAGCUCUGCUGAAGCUGCUCGAGUCCAGAUCCGAGGACCCGGUCGGGUUUCUGGCCGAACAUUUCGGUCAUUUGUCGUCUGAGGUGGAUGAUGGAGGUUCGGAGCAUCAGACUGUGAUCAGAUCGCUGUGGCACCUGAGCCUGGCCCAUCAUUCACAAAGAUCUGCGUUCAACAACAACGUCCGAGUGGCGUAUGAGCUGUUGACGCAAGGCGGCCCUCGUCAGCGCUGUAUCGGAGGGGUCCGUGGGGCCCUGUACACAGAGACGCUCCGGUGCCUGUGCAGCGAGGGAGGGCUCUCGGCCUCCACCGCCUCACCCCUGCUGUUGCGAAUGCGGUGCCACGAUUACGAGGCCGUGCCGUUCGAGCUUUUCCGGCAGGGUGUGCUCACCUGCUCUGUGUAUACGGACUACAUCCGCAAGUCCCGGCGCCUGUACGCGGCGGUGGCGAGCGCUCCGGACAGGCCCGCGGAGAGAGCGCUGUGCCAGGCCGUGCUCGCCACCCUCCAGGAUGCGCUAGAGACGGCCGACGGAUGUGACGUCGGACGUUACCUAGAGGCCAGCGCCAAGAUCUCCCCUGCCAAACUGGCGCAGGCCAUGGCGGAGGCGCGACCACCUACGCAACAACAGGAGGGUCCGACUAUGGAUGCGCAGGAGUUUGAAGACGCCGCCGCUACGCUUUUCAUAGCUCGGGUGCGAAUGGUCACCUGAGGGGGGGGGCAGCAAACUGGCCAUAGUAGAUGUGUUGGACUUCAUGCAGCACUGUGCAGAUCGAUUGGCAUGUGACAUCAAAGUAUUCAAAAGCAGUACUCUUGUGAUAGUUUGGUGUCAUGAGCUGAUCAAUCUGAGCGGUGCUGCAUAUGGAAUUAUAAUGUAACGGUUAUAAAACUUCCCAACAUUCUAUGCUCUUUAACAGCGUCAUCAAGCUGCGGACAUUGUUGUUUUUUAGCAACCUCUUGUGGUGAAAAUGACAUUAAAGCGUAACUAAACUCUGAAAAGUGCAAGAAAAUUGGGCAGAUCCCAACGGAUAUAGAGGGAACGAACUAAAGGGUUCGUUAUAGUUGUGCGUAGGUCUUAUGGCGUAGCCCCGGCGGUGUAGGUUCCGCGUCGGUUUUCAUUUAUACUUUUGCGUAGUCGUCCGUGUCGAUGUGCAAACACACACGCAGACCGCUGGUAGGCAGUAACCACGCAUGUAACCACAGCAGCAGCGCGACCGUCACGAAGCAGCUUGGCAAGUUAACCCACAAACGAAGAAGAUACAGCAACUUGUUGUGUAUGAUUUGAGAAGACCAGCAAUGAUGGAAGUAAAUAAACAGCGACUUUUGUUGCAGUAAUCCUCAACUUGGCUCAUUUUUGUUUUUACCGUCGCAAACGGAAAUACCUAUGACGCAGUUUUUUUACCUGACAGGAGGGGUUCUGUUGGACCAAUCACAACGCUUGCGGUCCGUGUAGAUCUGACUCGCUGUUAAAAAUUUUGCAAGGUGCACGUCAGGCUACGCAGAACUACGCACAGGCUACGGAUAACCUACGGCGUAGAGCUUACGCACGACUAUAAAAUGGGCUUAAGCUGGUACCAAGUGUGUGAUGAGAUCGUAACAAGGGCGUGGUGAGCUUGAACCUGCUUACGUCACAAGGUAUUUUUUGGACCCAACAUCCAAUAAGAAAAUUCAACUGCAGUAGACACCGUUCAACCUGAAGAGGGCAGCCCUCAGACAUUUUUACACCAUAUACUGUAGUAUUGAAACACUUUACAUCCAAAUUUUUAAAAAGUUAUUAAAAUCAAUGAACAGCACUAAUAAAGCAUCAUUCUUACAGAUCAUUAACUAAAAAAAGCUGGUUUAGUUACGCUUUAAUUAUGGCAUCACAAAAAUGUUAUACUAUAGUUUCCCAACACUGUUCCUGGGGGCAAACCCACCAACAGUGCACAUUUUGGAUGUCUGGUGUUUUUGGAUUUUUUUUAACCUUUGUUUAUUUAACCUUUAUGUACAACAUCUGUGAGAUGCCAUUGAUAACUGCAGACAACGAUUUUGCAUUUAUAGUAACGUACAAUGGAAGUGUAUAAGGCAUGACAUUGCACUGGUGAUAUAUAUUAUUCACAAGACUCCACCAUUAACAUGAUUUACAAAGAUUGAUAACUAACCUAUUUGUACUGUUAUAUUUCAUAUUUUUCUGUCAUGACCAAACUGCUAAACAUGAUAACUUGCCUGUGGUAAAUGCAAAGACCGUUUAUCUAUCAGAUUGAGACAUUUUCACUCCAAUGACAAGACAACUAGACAAUCAUCCAGCUAGAUCAAAUCACUAUAAACUAUUAAACAAAACCACAAGCUUGACACAUCUGCUUUAAAUCCUGCACCUGUCUUAUAGAUGUCAGCAGUUUGCAAUCAUUUUACUGUAAAUGUUGCAUUGAACAAGCAUUUGAUUUCCUCCAGGUUUUAUUUAAACAACCCAGAUAUUAUUGAUGAAUUAUUCCUUACUGGUGUCCUAACUAACCCAGUGUAGUAGGCUAUCUGUGUGAACUGCAUUACACAAUCCACUGACUCACCUGUGUGUCUAGUCUCUCGCAGGUUUGACUUGGUUAUAUUGUACUGUAUCUGUAUCUGUGUUUUGUUGAGAACAGUGAGGAGAUCUUUAGAAGCAGAACAGAGAGAAAUGAGAGUAGGUUUCAGGCACUAAAAGUCAUCUGUAGUCUCUGUGUUAUUAAAGGUAAUGAGAGUCCAUGUCUAAAUAAUUCAACAGGCUGUGAGUUACAGUAGUGCUAACAUCAAUGGCAUACACGAUGAUACAAAUGUGUCUGAUGUUUCUGUGCUCUGCUUCAUCCAUAAAGGGAUGUAUACAUCACCAAUAUCUGGAGCUUUUGGGCUGAAAGCAACCAUACAUUUUAAACUGAACACAUUCACAAACAAGGGUGCACAAUAGUGUACAGAAAGGGCUCGACAUUCAGAUCGCUCUAAUGCUAUUCAUCAACCUUCUCCCUAUUCUACAUAUUAACAUUAAUAUUGUGACAUUCAUUUACUUACAUUAGAUCUGAUAAAAACUAAAUUCAACAGCAUCCUUUAAUAGGUAUUUAUUUAAGAAAAUAAGAUCAUUUUAAGAUUGUACAAGUUCUUGCAUUACAGAUUUAAGGAGGAUCUAGCUGCAUGAAAGUUCAAACAAACAUUUAUAUAGUUUGACUGACAUAUUCAUACUGAUAACAACAGCUGCAUUAUAGUUUCAUCACAGAAAACAAAAUAAAGGAAAACAUCCUCAUC